AUGGAUGCACAGCUGACUGCCGCUAUGGUCAUGCUGGUGGGACUUGAGAAACGAAUGGAGACCGAUUCGAUGACCUCAUCUGGACGCUACACGACUCAAGCAACAGGAAGUCUGGCAGUGCUCCUGUGGACGAAUAGUAAAUAUGCAGACGUGUUGCAGUAUGAAUUAACCAUUGAUGGAAAUCGUUUGGUUAUACACGUCGAGAAAACAAAGGACCUGGUAUCUGAAAGCUACUCAGAAACCCAUUAUCUUCCGAAUGGUACAGCAGUGACGACAUUCCCCAAAAACAAGACCAUCCAGAUAUGUCAAUGGAAAACCAAAACACCACCACUUAUCGUCCAGACAAAUACAUUAUCCUGCCCACUAUCCACCCAUGACCACGCAACUACCAACAUGGCCCCAUCGACAAAACAGCAACAGCCCCCUUUCAACAGCUUGAGUGAAUACUACAAAGCCACAAAUGUUGGGAGCACGCCUGAUCAUGACACUAAACUAAAUGUAGCACUCUGGGUAAAGCAGCCAACAGCUUUACGCAGCACAGCAGCACACCAGCAGAAAAGGACGGCAAGAAAGGUAAGUGGGGCUAUCCAUACUCGAGGACGCAGGUAUCUGAUUGAGCCUCUUAACCAAACAGAUCAUGAGGCGCAUGUUGUAUUUGAAUCCAAGGAGGAUGCCAACAAAACAUGCGGAGUGACAGGUUCUCCCUGGAAAGAUAAAAGACCUUUCUUCAGACCACGUGCCGGUACUGAUCCAGAGAAAGAAGCAUUUUUAAAGGCAAAGAAAUACAUACAGCUCCUUGUGGUGGCAGAUCUCUCAUUUUACAAGAAAUACAGCCAAAAUAUUGAAAAUGUCAAAAAGAGAAUCUUUGAAAUUAUUAAUUACGUUAACACGGCGUAUAAAGCAAUAAAUACUUUUGUGGCCUUGAUUGGAGUGGAAAUAUGGACUACUGCAGAUCAGAUUCAAGUGGUCAGCUCAGUUACGACAACUCUUGAAAAUUUCUCUUCCUGGAGGAAAACAAAUCUUCUUCCGAGAAAGCCACAUGACAAUGCCCAGCUGUUAACGAAUAUGGAUUUUGAGGGAACGACCGUUGGAUAUGCUUAUAUCGCCGCCUUGUGCAGUGAUGAUUAUUCCGCCGGUGUAAUCCAGGAUUCUGCUACUUCUGCUAUGUUAGUUGCAAUAACCUUUGCACAUGAACUGGGACACAACCUGGGGAUGGAACAUGAUACCAGCGAUUGCACCUGCUCUGCUAGUACUUGCAUCAUGUCGGUCUCUGUCAGCUCCACUACCCCACUGAAGUUCAGUUCCUGCAGUCUCAAGAAUUAUGAGCAGUUUCAAAUGACACAAAUGCCUAUGUGUAUGAGAGAUGUUCCCCAGCUAAGCUCUAUCCAGGCCCCACCUGUGUGUGGCAAUAUGUUUACCGAACAGGGGGAAGAUUGUGACUGUGGAACAGCUGCGGAAUGCACAAAUACAUGUUGUGACGCUGCCACCUGCAAACUUAAAGCAACUGCCAAGUGUGCAGAGGGCGAAUGCUGUAAAGCUUGUCAGAUUGAAAAAGCUGGAGUUGUGUGCAGAGCCAGCAAAGAUGAUUGUGAUCUUUCUGAUUUGUGUAAUGGAAGCUCACCUUUAUGUCCUGACCGCUUCAAGAUGAAUGGCUACUCUUGCAAGACUAACCAGGGGUACUGCUACAAUGGAAAGUGUCAGAACCACCUAAGUCAAUGUGUAGCACUAUGGGGAACCGCAUCUACGGUAGGCACAGAUUCCUGUUUUCAAGUAAAUACGUAUGGUAUGGAGUACGGAUAUUGCACGAAGUCUGAUGGCAAAUUCAUUGCGUGUGCACAGAAAGAUGUGAAGUGUGGAGUGUUGUUUUGCAUUGGUGGCACUGAAAAACCAACAAUUUCUGCUAGUUACAUUACGUAUGGGACCUGCAGAGGUGUCAUAGGUUCUAAAGGAAUGGUCCAGAACGGGACUAGAUGUGGAGAUGGACUGGUUUGCAGCAAUGGAUAUUGCAUUACUCCUGAUAGUGCUUAUGCGACAGCUGAAUGUUCUACAAAGUGCCCAGCACAUUCGGUGCAGCUUCACAGUUACCUGUAUGCAAAGGUGUUUGACGAAAAAGCAUUCUGGUUUGUGACCAUGAGAAGAAAUGUGUGUGUGAAGUGGGCUGGGUCCCACCCAACUGUAGCACUGCCGUAUGAACCAUCUGAAGCUUCACAGAAAAUCCUCAUCAGUUGCUCUCUAGAAGUUUCGCUCUCAGCUUGGGUUCCUUUCAGAAAUGAAGUACGGAUUGAAUCUAGAAGCUAG